AGAAGUGCAGACUGCAGUCAAACAUAUCAGCUUUGGGUGGGAAACUAUAAUAAGUAAUUAACAAAACAGUUUUUUAUUAAAAAUGAAGAAACCUGAAGUGAGAAUGACUCUUCAAGAGGGAACCUGUGGUAAAUGUCUUCCUGGAUGGACUCCAAGACACGAUUCGAUGGGAAGUGCAACGCGCAUCUGCUGGCCUGGACGUGUGAAACGGCAGCACAAUGAAGCCUGGACACAACAAGCACCUGCAGGAAAGUGCAGGAAAUAAAACAGCUGUCAAUCAUGGGGUGUCUCAAUCUGGGGCUACUGUUCCUCAUUAUAAUAAUAACUACAAGUGAAACCCCCAUGCACACAUUCAAAGUGACGCUGCCUCUGUGCCGGACGUCGUCUGCCAGCAUCAGCAGGAGCAUAAAAGAGGAAACAAGCAGAGCGAUGGACAGAACCUGCAGCAAUGGACAGAGUAGCGUUCAUCAGAAAUGCUCCUGAGCUUUUCUCAACCUCUGGACAGGGUGUGAGUGUCUCCAACCGACGGCUUCUGCUCGGUUUGGCUCUGCUCAGUGUUGUUCUGCUCAUAGUUGCUGUCGCUCUCAGAAUUAAUUACGCUAGAGCAAAAGCAGGCUGCCUCCAUGAUUCCAUGGAGUUCAACAUAUCAGCUCUGGAGGGAUCCUGUGGUAAAUGUCUUCCUGGAUGGACUCUGUUUAACUCGUCCUGUUACUUCUUCUCCUACUUGGAGUCUGCUACUGUUAAAAAGAACUGGACAGACAGCAGAGCAGACUGUGUUGGCCGUGGAGCCGACCUGGUUGUGAUCGACAGCCAGGAGGAGCAGAAAUUUGCAAGUAACAGCAUUAAUAAAAUGAAAACGAGUACUAGUGUCUGGGAGAAUGGAUUCUGGACCGGCCUCACUGACACAGAAGCAGAGGGGGCAUGGGUCUGGAUUAAUAACGUCACCGAGGUGGAGCAAAGGUACUGGAUGGACGAUGAACCAAACAACCAUUGGGGAGGCGAGGACUGUGGAGUCAUCAUCUACAGCCCCUCGAACCCCUGGAAGACCCGAUACGAUGGCCAGUGUCACACUCCAUUACACUGGAUAUGUGAAACCACAUCAAGAUAAUCCAAGGACACAUUGACCAAUGUAUUGAUACUGAUACUUUGGAAAUGCAUAAAGUUUAAUAAAAAGUACUGUA